UGUGUGGCUGUGUGGUUGUGCGUGACUUGCUCUGCGCAAGUCCAUUCCAGAAUUGAAGGAACCACCUUUCACUUAGCCUACUUUCCACAGUCAACACCCUCUUGGGCCACCCUCAGCCACGAGAUGAGCAGAUAGGACACAGGUCGCCACCCUCCUUGUCUUUCACCUUGCAACUUUCCCACCAUUUGUAAUUUCUACACUUUCUCCCCUCUUUUAAUUUUUUCACCCUCCUCCUCUCUUCCCUUUGUUUCCACCUUUCACAUUCUAGCUGCCAGUUCUUCAGGAUUUUCUUUUACUUGGAUCCACAAUCACAGCCCAUGCAAGCAGCAGUCAAGAAAUCAAAUGACACAUUGCACUGGGCAAACCUGCUGCAAAAGACCUCUUUAAAGUUUUAAAAAUCAAAGAUGUCACUUUAAGGACUAAGGUGUGCCUGACCCAAGCCAUGGUGUUUUCAAUCAGCCUCAUAUGCAUGUGAAAGCUAGACAAUGAAUAAGGAAGACCAAGGGAGAAUUGAUGCCUUUGAAUUAUGGCAUUGGUGAAGAAUACUGAAUAUAGCAUGGACUUCCAGAAGAAUGAACAAACCUAACUUGGAAGAAGUACAGUCAGAAUGCUUAUUAGAAUCAAAGAUGGCAAGACUAUGUCUCCCAUAUUUUGAGCAUGUUGUCAGGAGGGACCAGUCCCUGAAGAAGGACAUCACGUUGGUACAGUAGAGGGUCAAUGAAAAAGAGGAAGAUCCUCAAAAAGAUAGAUUGAGACAGUGGUUGCGACAGUUGGCUCAAGCAUAACAAUGAUUUUGAGGAUGAUGCAGGACUGGGCAGUGUUCUGUUCUGUUGUACACAGGGUUACUGUGAGUCAGAACUGACUCAAAGGCACCUAAAAACAACUUCUGUUUCCGUUUAUUCUUCCUUUCUCUCUCUCCUUCCAUCUCUCUCACUCAGUCUCUUUCUCUUUCAGCUCUCCGUCUCACUCUCUUUCUUUUUCAUGUCUCCCUCUCCAUCUUCCCUUUCCUUUCUUCCUAACCCCCCCCCCCACCAGCUUUUCUCUGUGUCUCUCUCUCACUCUGGCUUUCCCAGGGUAGGGCUGGCUCAUUGAGCAUGUUUUUAGGAACUAUAUUUUGGCUGCCAAAGGGACCACCAGUUCAUACCAUCUAGAAAUUGGUCCAUCUGGCCACAGCCAGACAGUACACCUCUGAAGGACUCUUGGGGAUUAAUUCAGCUAAUUCUCACGACAACCUUGGGGCUAGCUAUGGAUACAACCCAACUUUAGAGCUGAGAAAUUUCAGACACACAGCUAGGAAGGGGCAGUCUGACUCCAGAACUUAGCCUUUUAACUGCUCUGAAAGCAGAACUGGUCUUAGAGCCUACACAGGCUCCUGGUGGCACAAAUGAUUUGUGCUAGACUGCUAACCUAAAGAUUGCUGGUUCAACUUAUACACUGCUGGAGGGAAUGUAAAAUGGUACAACCACUUGGGAAAUCGAUUUGCCGCUUCCUUAAAAAGCUAGAAAUAGAACUACCAUAGGAUCCAGCAAUCCCACUCCUUGGAAUAUAUCCUAGAGAAAUAAGAGCCUUUACAUGAACAGAUAUAUGCACACCCACGGUGACUGCAACACUGUUUACAAUAGCAAAAAGAUGGAAGCAACCAUGGCGCCCAACAACAGCUGAGUGGAUAAAUAAAUUAUGGUAUAUUCACACAAUGGAAUACUACGCAUCGAUAAAGAGUGGUGAUGAAUCUGUGAAACAUUUCAUAACUUGGAGGAAUCUGGAAGGCAUUAUGCUGAGUGAAAUUAGUCAGUUGCAAAGAACAAAUAUUGUAUAAGACCACUAUUAUAAGAACUCAAGAAAUAGUUUAAACAGAGAAGAAAAUAUUCUUUCAUGGUUACGAGAGGGGGGUGGAGGGAGCGUGGGAGAGGGGUAUUCACUAACUAGAUAGUAGAUAAGAACUACUUUAGGUGACGAGAAAGACAAAACACAAUACAGGCAAGGUCAGCACAAUUGGACUAAACAAAAAGCAAAGAAGUUUCUGGAAUAAACUGAAAGCUUCGAAGGCCAGCGUAGCAGGGGCACAGGUUUGGGGACCAUGGUUUCAGAGGACAUCUAAGUCAAUUGGCAUAAUAAAAUCUAUUAAGAAAACAUUCUGCAUCCCACCUUGGAGAAAGGCAUCUGGGGUCUUAAACGCUAGCAAGAGGCCAUCUAACAUGCAUCAAUUGGUCUCAACCCAUCUGGAUCAAAAGAGAAUGAAGAACACCAAGGACACAAGGUAAUUUAAGAGCCCAAGAGACAGAAAGGGCCACAUAAACCAGAGACUACAUCAGCCACAGACCAGAAGAGUUAGAUGCUGCGCAGCUACAACCGAUGACUGCCCUGACAGGGAACGCAAAAGAGAAGCCCUGAGAGAGCAGGAGAGCAGUGGGAUGCAGACCCCAAAUUCUCAUAAAAAGAACAGACUUAGUGGUCUGACUGAGACUAGAAGGACCCUGUUGGUCAUGGCCCCCAGACCUUCUGUCGGCCCUGGACAGGAACCAUUCCCAAAGCCAAUUCUUCAGACAGAGAUUGGACUAGACAAUGGGUUGGAGAGGGAUGGUGGUGAGGAGUCAGCUUCUUGGAUCAUGUGGACACUUGAGACUAUGUUGGCAUCUCCUGCCAGGAGCGGAGAUGAGAGGGUAGAGGAGGGUAGAAGCUGGUGAAAUGGACAGGAAAAGAGAGAGUGGAGGGAGGGAGCGGGUUGUCUCAUUAGGGGGAGAGCAAUUGUGAGUAUAUAGCAAGGUGUAUAUAAGCCUUUGUGUGAGAGACUGACUUGAUUUGUAAACUUAAAGCAAAAAAAAAAAAAAAAAAAGAUGGGUGGUUCAAACCCAUUCAGUGAUGCCACUGAAGAAAGGGCCAGGUUAUCUGCUUUCAUAACAAUUUGGGUUGUUAGUUCCUAUUGAGUCAAUCCUCACCCGUGGUGUCCCCGCAUGGGCAGAGUAGAGGUGCUGCACAGGGUUUCCAGGCUGCGGCCCUUCAGUAAGUAGCGCAUCACUAGGCCUUCCUUCUCAGGCAUCUCUGGGUGGGUCGAAACUUCCUAUCAUCUGGCUAGGAGUUGAACACUUAAUCAUUUGCACCACUCAAGGACUACUUCCGUAAAGAUUAAAGCCAAGAAAACCCUAUGGAGCUCAGUUCUACUCUGUAACACAUGGGAUCUCUGUGAGUUGAAAUCGAGUCGACAGCAACUAACAACAACAGAGGGUAUUUCUGUGAGGAAUAGAUUUGGUUGCAGAUAACAAAAAUCCUACCAACAGCAAUGCCCUACUCAAGACGAGUGAGGGUUGGAAGUUCUAUCUGACUCCUUCAUCCACUCCUCCUCCCUCGGCCCAGCUUUCAAUCCCGCUGUCGCUCUGAUCCGAGAACUUGAGGUGGGCGAUUCCACUGCAUAGUCUUGAAUCGAUUAAGUUGACUCUUUCUUUCCACUCUGAGAAAUGUUGGUAAGAAAGUUGAUACACACUGAUAGCUGUUCACAUGUGGACAUGACUGAUGAGGUGGAAACUGGGGAGCUCAGAUGUAGCUCAGCAUUAGGCCUCCGGAAGCCUUCCCAGCAUUUUGUCAAACUGUCACCCUGCGUCUUUGAAGAGGGAGAUGCAGAUAGGUGGGGACAAAGAGAAAGAAACCCUGAAGCUCAGGCACAAGCUGAUAAGGGACCUCACUGGUCCAAGUUAGCUGUGUGCUUAGAAAGAGUUAAAUACGAGUUUUGAUUUCUUUCAUAUCAAAGGGCAAAAUUCAGAGCAAGGGAGAGGUAGUUCAGGGAGAUUGCUAGGAAGCCUGUGACUUAGUCGGUGUAAAUGAUUCUUCUGCACGAUUAAUAUUUUACUUUAAUCCUUUCCAACAUGGCCUUCCUUCUGCAAGCAUUUCAGAGGGCUUCUGCUGGGGCUUUCUUGUUAGCACUUUGGGGUGUGAUUGGAGGCGAGAAGCUGCUGGUUGUUCCUCAGGAUGGAAGCCACUGGCUUAGUAUGAAGGAGAUAGUUGAGCUUCUCAGCGAGAGGGGACACGACAUUGUGGUGUUGGUGCCAGAAGUGAAUUUGCUUCUGAGGGAAUCCAAAUACUACACGAGAAAACUCUAUCCAGUGCCGUACCCCCAGGAAGAGCUGAAGGACCGUUUCUACUCUUUUGGUAACAGCCACUUUAUUGAGAGAUCUUUCCUGAGUGCUCCUCAGGCAGAGUAUAGAAAUAUAAAGAUUAUUGGUGACAUGUACUUCACCAACUGCCAGAGCCUCCUGAAGAACUCGGAAACCCUGCAAUUCCUCAGGGAGAGUAAGUUCGAUGCCCUUUUCACAGACCCGGCCUUGAUCUGUGCCGUGAUCCUGGCUGAGUACCUGGGCCUGCCCUCUGUGUACCUCUUCCGGGGCUUCCCUUAUGUCCUGGAGUACGCGAUCAGUGGAAGCCCAAACCCCGUGUCCUACAUUCCCAGGUACUAUACUCAGUUUUCCAAUAAGAUGACUUUCUGCCAAAGGGUGGCCAACUUCCUCGUUAAUUUGUUGGAGACCCCUCUAUUUUACCUCCUGUCUUUGAGGUACCAAGACCUUGCCUCAAAUCUCCUCAAGAGAGAUGUGGACUUAGUCACAUUAUAUCAGAAUGUCUCCAUAUGUCUGUUAAGAUAUGACUUUGUAUUUGAGUACCCCAGGCCAGUCAUGCCCAACAUGGUCUUCAUUGGAGGGACCAACUGCAAGAAGAGGGGACGCCUAGCUCAGGUUGGUGGUUUUUCCUAUUUUUGAUUACCCUGUUUCUUAGAAAGUAGAAAGGAAUCAUUCAUAUGUGCUCUGUUUCCCCUUACUCAGUCAGCUCUCCAGCCCAUUUGGGGGGCUGCCUGAAGAAAUGGCGGCCUUCCUUUCAACAAAGGGGAAAGGGGCUCGAGGUGGGGAGUGGUAUGAUAUCUAUGGAUGAGGUGAUGCAGAGGAUUUGAAUGAAGACAGGACUGGUGUUUGGUUAUCUGGGAAGAGACUCAGAGUCACAGAAUGAGCCUUUCGUCCUGCUGAAGAGAUAGAGGAGAAGAUUUGCCCAAGGGGCCAAGAGCUGGGAGGACAGAGCAAGUUAAAACCCAUUCUUGCAACUCUGUCCCAUGGAUUUUCCCUGGGCCUAAGCCAGGAAUCAACAAACUACAGCCUGUGGGCCAAAUCUGGCCAGAGGCCUGGUUUGAAUGACCCAGAGCUAAGAAUGGUUUUUACAUUUUUAAAAGGAUGUUAAACAACAACCACAAACAAUAUAUGACAGAGACUAUGUGGUCUGCAACACCUGCAUAGUUAUUAUUUGGCUCUUCAGAGAAAAAGUUUGCUGACCCCUGACCUAGAGUUCCCAGAAUAACUUUGGAAGAUGAAAAUCUGUGUGUGUAUUUGAAUAUUUACAAUUAUGGAAGGCUUCAGAUCACUCCCUGUGUUUAAUGCCAGAAUUCUCUUUUUUGAUACAUUUUUUACCACUGAAAAAGCCUCAAAUAGGCUCCAAACACCGUGAGCAAUCUUCUUUAACACCUGCUAAUUUGAGUUUAAUUUGUUUGUUAACAAGCUGGACAAUUGGCUGGAACUACUCUAUAAAGAGAGGGGCAGAGAUAAUGAGCAGAAUUGGACUGGUUCCAAGAAGCAAGGGGUGUGAAAUAGAAGUAUCCUAUGUCAGGAAAGGAAGGAGCCCUGGUCUUGCAGUGGUUAGGCACUUGACUGCUAAGUGAAAGGUUGGCAGUUCGAACCCACCUGUUGCUCUGUAGUCUUGGAAACUCUAUGGGAUAGUUCUACUCUGUCCUGUGUGUAAGCUCUGAGAUGGAAUUGACUCAAUGAGAAUAGGUUUGGUUUUGGGUUUGUCAGGAAAAUUCAAUUAAAGAAGUUAAAAAGCAGAAGUGUUAUAAGAAACAUUUUGCAUAAGAAGGAAAAAAGCAUCAUUUCUGGUACCUUGGUACCAUUCAUCUUAUUUUUGAAAACAAAACAAAAAAGCCCUGCUCGGUAAUGAGUGUCUCUGUGAGAGUAGAAUCCCUAUUAUAUCUUGUUAAUUAAGAGAUAGAAAUCAUCUUCGGCGCUUAUGAGAUAUGUAUCCACCUAUAUCUAUA